CAGUGCCCUUACUGGAUGUUAAAACCUGCUUAGGGCACAGACUAUUGAGAGUGGGCUUGGUUGCUGUUGUAACCACUUAGGUUCACAGUUACAGAAACCAUAAGAGAAUCUACCUAAUCAGUGACAACCAUGAGAAAAGCUGAGGUGCAGAUGACCCUGAAGAAAGGGGCAGAUGAAGGAUUAGCGACGCCGCCCAGCCCCAUCAUCCCCCCGAAACGCUCCAAAGCAAGCUCAGACCAGGUGGUCCCAGACAUUCGAGGGCCCAGUUAUCCCACCCCAACUCCACCUGUGUUUAUCCGAAAAAUGAGGAACGCCGCCGUAGGGACAGGCUGUGACAUCCGUCUGAAGGUGACAGUGGCUGGAGACCCCCAGCCCUCCCUGUACUGGUAUCACAACGAUGACCUCCUCAACAUGGACAACCAGGAAUACGGAGGGCUCUGGAUUAGGGAUUGUAAACCCAGUGAUGCCGGCCUCUACACCUGCAUCGCAAACAAUCACCUGGGGGAGGCACGGAGCAGCGCUGUGCUAGCUGUCUUGGAUCUGGGUGAAGACUCAGAAACUACAGAGGAUGAAGGUGGAGACCAGUUUGAGACCAAAGAAGAUAGUGGGGAUCUUGAGGACCAGACUGUGCAAACAGUAAUGGACAAAUGUGCUGAGGAUGAUAGUACAGCACAUGGACAUGAGGAUCACUCUAAGACAACCAGGAGCCAGUCAGAUGAUUUUUCAAGAGAAUCUCCCCCACAAGUCCUCCCACCCCCAUCCCCAAGACUCAUCAAACGACCCUCCACCUCUCCGAUGCCUAGUCGCUCUGGUUCAACUACACCACUCAGCUUGCGUAAGAAAAUUGUUGUGCCAACUGACUACCAAGAUACAGUUCCUGGGGAGUUUGAAGAAAAGGUUAAGCAGCCAAAAUCCAGUACCAUGUCCCAAAGUAGCGCACAAGACUCUCGACCACAGACUCCACUGAGUGAAUACUCUCGGAAAGAAUUUACACCCAGACCAUCCCCAAAGCUUACCAGGGCAAGCUCUAAGGUGUUUGAAAAGGUUCGUGGUUUAGAAGAGCGGAGACGAAGCCUUGAAAUGCCAGAAGGCUCCAUCUCAGGAAGAUCCUGGGCAGGGUUCAAUCGUGCUGGAUCUGUUGAUUCAGAUGAUGGAGGAAGCCGACUGGGUAUCUCUAGGGAAAGUUCAAGGGAAGAUCUAAGGGAGGCUCUGAAGGAAGACGCUGCUGAACGGAGAUCAAUGUUCAAACAGAGGGCUGCUUCACUAGAGGAGAAGCCACGGUACUCCCAGAAAGUUCAAGACAUUGAGAACAAGUUCACUGAGGAGCUCCAGCGCAUUAAGAAACUUGUUGGAAAACCUCAUCUGAAGAAAUCUUUCUCAACCGAACAGCUCACUCUGAGGGGCAGGCAGCGUCAGCCUUUCAGGAAAAUAGAGCCCAUUCCUCCACAGGUCCUUCAAAAGCUCCAAGAACGGGAACGUGCCCAGUGGGAAAGGGAGCAGAGAGAAAAAGAACAACCCAAAGAGAGCUCACCAAUAAAAACACUACAUAUUGUGAGUCAGCAGCCAAUGCAGCAACAACAGCAAACACGGCAGGAACAGCCUAAAUCCCAACCCCAACAGACUGCAUGCACCACUACAACAAAUAUAACUGUCAGUAGUUCAGGAGAGGUGGCAGGCACCCCAGAGUCAAUGCAACUGUCUGACUUGCCAGGUCAACGAUCACUGAGAGAAAUAAGCAGAUCCAGUCCAGUUACAGAAAUCAUUCAGAGGUCAUCAUCACCAGCAACAAUUCAUCAACAGAGGGCCGAGUCACCAAGCAGAAACAUAGUUGAGAUGACAUUACGCAAGGUUGAACGAAGGCCACCAAGUCCACUUGUGCAAAGGGUAUCUCGAAUGCAAGAUUCCACACAUAUUCAAGGACCUCUUCAAACAUCACAAAAAGAUGAGUCUUCAGGGAGAAAGACGCCAAUAGAAGUAGUGUUACGGAAAAUAGAAAACAGACCUCAAAGUCCAUUGGUACAACGAAAGCCUGCCAUUAUACAAGAGCUGCCUGCUCAACCUCCACCAAAACCUCUGAAGAUGAAACUAGACACUCCAGUGGAGGAGAAGAUGGAAGUGGAUCAACCCAAGCCAGCCCCUAAGCUAAGCAUCCCUGCAAUCGUUGUUGAAGAUGAACGGAUGGAAGAGGAUGUUCCUGUGCCGACAAGUGACCCUCAGCAGAGUGCUCGUGCCAAAGAGGCACAGCCACACAAGACAAAAGGGAAGAAUCGUCGCACACGGCCUAUGUCUCCAGAGUUAGAUUCUUCAGAUGAUUCCUAUGUGUCUGCUGGAGAAGACCCUCUGGAGGCUCCUGUAUUUGAGUUUCCCCUUCAGGACACUGUAGCAUCUUCUGGUACAGAUGUACUGCUUAAGUGCAUCAUUGCUGGCACUCCUUUUCCUGAAGUUACAUGGAAGAAAGACAAUACUGAAAUCACCGGUGGUGCAAACUAUGUGGUGAAAGUGGAAGGUGAGCGACAUAGUUUGCUCAUCAAAUCGGCCAGAUCGAGUGAUGGAGGAAAAUACUGUGUAACAGCUGUCAAUGAGGUGGGCAAGGUGUCUAGCAGUGCUACCCUCAUAAUUAAAACAGAGUCUAUUCAGGAGCCAAGGGGGAACCUGGGUGUACCUAUGGAUAUCAGCAGCCCCAUCACGUCUGAUGAAGAGUAUCUUAGUCCCAUGGAGGAAGGCAUGGAUUAUGGUGGGCCAGAUCUUAGGACGAUCACUGACGCACGAUUCAAGGAACCUCCCGCAUUCCUGGUAACUAUGAGUGAUCAAGCUGUCAUUGAAGGACAGGAAGUCACCAUGUCUGUCCGAAUAAGUGGCCAACCCAAACCCAUGCUCUAUUGGUUGAGGGACCGAGUGACAGUAAAAACUGGCCCACGCCAUACUGUGCGUGAGUUGGAGGGCGGCACUUUUGAAAUGACCAUCAAGUCGGCGGUGAGAUCAGACUCUGGGAUUUACACCUGUAAGAUCAUUAAUGAAUAUGGGACAAAGCAGUGUGAGGGGAAGCUGGAGGUAAAAGCACCACCAGUUGAGCCAGGCCUGGCUGUCAUUCGCCCAGUCAAGGACAUCACAGCCAAGGCUGGAGAGACGGUUUUGUUUGAGUGUCACGUUAUCGGACCAAAGGACACUGAUGUGGACUGGCUGGCAGACGGGAAACUCAUCCAACCGGCAUUGCUCAACUGUAAGAUGCAUUUUGAUGGAAGGAAGUGCCGGCUGCUGCUCAACUCUGUACAUGAGGACGACAGUGGGACAUACAUGUGCAAGCUAAGCACAGCUAAAGAGGAACUUACCUCAUGUGGCAAGCUCAAGGUCAUCCCCUCAGUUGAACCUCUCUUCACCCGCAAGCUGGACGUCCUGGAAGUGAUUGAGGGCCGCAAUGCUCGCUUUGACUGCAAAGUCAGUGGGACGCCACCUCCCCGAGUCAUCUGGAGCCACUUUGACCACCCGCUGGCAGAAAGUGAGGAUGUUCGUAUUCUACAGGAGGGAGGCCGCCACUCUCUGAUCAUCUCUCAUGUGACCAAUGAGGAUGAGGGCUUCUACACAGUCACGGCGAGCAACAGUCACGGGCACACCGAGAGCUCCGCUGAGCUCUAUGUGCAGGAACCACGACCAGCCAUCUCCUCACAAAUGGCCAAGUUGGAGAAGAUGCCAUCUAUCCCAGAGGAGCCAGAGGUCCCAGAGAACGAGGUGGAGCGUUUCACCAUGCCUGACUUCAUCAAACCCCUCUACGACCUGGAUGUGAUUGAGGGGAAGGAGGCUGUACUCAAAUGCAAGGUGGCCGGUUUACCGUACCCCACCAUCGUCUGGUUCCAUAACGGCAAGAGGAUUGACAGCACUGAAGACAGGAAGAUGACACAAUUUCGUGAUGUCCACAGCCUGGUCAUCCGCUCUGUGUGCCACGCUCACGGCGGUGUCUACAAGAGCGUCAUCUCUAACAAAGUAGGCAAGGCCACCUGCUAUGCCCAUCUCUACGUCACAGAUAUCCUGCCUGACCCACCAGAUGGGACUCCAGUCAUAGAAGCUAUCACUGGUAAAACCAUAACGUUAAGCUGGAAGAAACCAAGGAGGCUGGACCCUGCCAUUGAGCCGGGCUCCUUGAUGUACGCCAUCCAACAACAGGCCCUGGGCUCCAUCCAGUGGACCAUCAUAGCCUCCAGCCUGAGGGAGACCACCUACACCAUCUCCACACUCUCCAAAGGCAUCCGCUAUGCCUUCAGAGUCCUGACCAUCACCUCCAAGGCCUUCAGCAAGCCCUCAGCUGCCACCGACCCAGUGCAGCUCCUGGACAGAGGUCCCUAUCUUCAGGAGGCUCCCGUGAUUAUUGAUAAGCCAGAUGUUGUUUAUGUAAUGGAAAACCAGUCAGUCACCAUCACUGUCACCCUCAAUCAUGUCAACGCCACAGUCAUCUGGAAGAGGAAGGGCGUGGUCCUGUCCAGCAGGCCAGGCGUGUGUGAGAUGACAAUGCCGGAUGAUGACCAGCACACGCUGAAGCUGCUCAGGGUGAAGGCUGCUGACGCCGGUGAGAUGGUGUGCGUGGCCUCCAACAAGCAUGGCAGUGACACCUGUGCCUUCAACAUUGAGAUGGCAGCUCCACCAACAUUUGAAACCAUCAUGGAGGACCUGGACGUCUCUGUGGGGGAGACGCCUCGCUUUGCUGUGGUGGUUGAGGGCAAACCCAUUCCUGACAUCCUCUGGUUCAAGAAUGACAUCCUGCUGUCCGAGAGCAGUCAUUACACGUUUGUGUACGACGAUAACGAGUGCUCUCUGGUGGUUCUGAACACUCACCCAGAAGACUCGGGGGUGUACACGUGCACUGCCAGGAACUUGGCAGGAUCAGUGUCAUGUAAAGCUGAACUCACUGUUCAUGAGGCUAAGCGUAAAGAGGAUCCAAUGGAGGAUGAGGCAACUAUUCUGAGGAAGAUGCGCAGACUGACUGAUUACUAUGAUAUCCAUAAGGAAAUUGGAAGGGGUGCAUUUUCAUAUGUGAAACGUGUUACCCAGAAGGUGGGCAAAAUGGAGUAUGCUGCUAAGUUCAUCUCUGCACGGGCCAAGAAGAAGGCCUCAGCUCUGCGGGAGAUGAAUCUGCUUUCCAAGCUGGACCAUGAGCGAGUCCUUUAUUUCCACGAUGCCUUUGAGAAAAAGAAUGCAGUCAUCAUCAUCACAGAAAUAUGCCAUGAAGAGCUACUUGAGAGAUUUACCAAGAAAUCUACAGUGGCUGAGUCUGACGUACGUUCGUGUAUAAGACAGCUGCUUGAGGGAAUGGAUUACCUUCACCAUCUAAAUGUCUUACACCUGGAUAUCAAGCCUGAUAACAUCCUCAUGGCAGACUCACAUGGAGAUCAAAUCCGAAUCUGUGACUUCGGUAAUGCAGUGGAGAUCACACCUGAUGAGGCUCAGUACUGCAAAUAUGGCACACCAGAAUUUGUGGCACCAGAAAUUGUCAAUCAGACUCCUGUAUCAAAAGCAACAGACAUAUGGCCGAUUGGAGUCAUUACAUAUCUGUGUCUGACAGGAGUGUCUCCUUUUGCUGGGGAGAAUGACCGCAGUUCUGUGCUGAACAUCAGGAAUUAUAACGUGGCCUUUGAGGAGAGCAUGUUUGCUGACCUUUGCCGUGAGGCUAAGGGUUUCCUCAUAAAACUGCUGGUAGCAGACAGACUGAGACCUGAUACCCAGGAAUGUCUCCGACACCCCUGGUUCAAGACACUUAGCAAGGGGAAGGCGAUAAAUACAGAGGCUUUGAAGAAGUUUGUAUCUCGCAGAAAAUGGCAGCGGUCUCUAAUCAGCUACAAAUCAAAAAUGGUCAUGAGGUCCAUACCUGAGUUGCUGAACGAUUCUUCCAGCCAUAUCUCCAUCGCAGUUCCCAGGCAUCUUAAAGAGGGGUCUCCACUGGCAUCAUCAUCCUCCGACUCUGAUGAGGACAUUGAUGAACUUCCCUUCAUUCCGAUGCCACUUAACAUGGAAUUUUCUGGAUCUAGGAUGUCGCUGAAUGAUAUCCAGAGCAAUGAGCAGGAAACGGGGAAGCAGAAUGGAACCACUGACUGGUCUGGGUCUGCUGGGCAAACCCAGGAGGCAAUGGAGUGUGAACCUAAAGGUACAGAUAAAGAAGGGGUUGAAUUUGGAAGUAAGGGGCGCCCUAGGAAGAGACCAACACAAGAAAAUGAUAAGGGUUCUUCAGAUGAAGAGCCACCUGCUGAAUUACCACAAAAGUCAGAGCUGUCUAGAAAGCCUCUGCGGAGGGGUUCCAGCAUGGAGUCAGACAUGCCAGAGAGUGGAAGAAGAAGAGGAGAACUAAGACGCGGGGGCUCAGCCGACAGUGCAUUAUUGCUCCGCAUUACACCAGAGGAAGGUGCUGGAGAAGGAAACCCAGAGGAUGGUAGGAGGGUUCUCAAAAAAGCUGUUUCUAUGGAGCUGCCACGUAGGAGCACCAGCCCAGGAGCCGCCAAGAUGAGUCAGGAGGACUAUGCUCUGAAACUGGAGCUCAUGAGACAACGACUACUUCGUGGUUCUGUGGACAACAAGAUGAGUGGACUCCGAGGCCCUCUGUUGGAGACAUUAGGAAUGGGAGAUGAAAAACGUGCAACAUCCUCAGAGCGCUAUCCUCGUGCCGCUCGUCUAGGCCCUCCCACAUUAACCAGGGCUGCAUCCAGUGACUCCCCAAGGGACGAUGUUCCUAAACCUAAAGUUCUUCGCAAAAGUGCUUCUUUCAGUCAAGGUGAUUCGGAGCCUAUACCUUUACACCGACGCUCAGGAGCCCCCUUGGAGAUUCCCUUGGCACAAAUAGAGGAGCGGAGGCUUAAGGAAGCUAUUUCUAUGUCAGCUCUCACUGAACAAAUAAAGCUGGACUCCCGUCCUGUGACCCCGAGAGAGCCUUCACCAAAACCACCAACUCCAGAAUCUAUUGUGCAAGAGAGUCCAACCAAAAUGGAAAGUGAAGAGUCAUUAAUGGAGAGAGAAACUAAGCCUGAUGAUACUAUAAGUGAAAAAAUGGAUGGUGUGACCACAGACAGUAAUUUUGAUGAGAGAUCAAGCACAAGUGGUUUCUCAGAGAAAGACAUGAGCAUCUCAGAAGAACCAAUGAUUGAAUCAGAGUAUAUGGGACAGAGAGAGUCUACUCCUCCUCUUGUGGCCCAAAACUCUAAGUUAGAAGAGAAAAUAGAAGAAGAAAAAGAAGAGAUGAUGGAGGAAGUGGAGAAGAAGACAGUCACUGUUGAGACUAAAGCCAAAGAGAAUGAGGAAGUAAUGGAAAAGGUAGAAGAGGAAGUAAAUAUGUCUGUUAAAUCUUCUGAGGUAACGAUCACCACAAGCUCAGUGAUGGUGACACCUACACCAGAAUAUUCCCACCCUACAGCAAAUGUAUCAACUUAUGUAACACCCUCACUUCCUGCUCGUGUUGUUCUUCCAGAUGGUACAACUUCGGCAUAUGCUAGCAUUAUGCAAACCAUCAUGGUCCCCUCGCUUCAGCCACUGAAUGAACCACCAUUGGGUCCCUCUACGCCUAUAGUUGUUACAGCCCCUUCACCAACUUCAGUGGCAGCUGAAACAUUCAUACCCACAUCUGCACCUGCUCCUGUCAACAUGUCUCCUGCUUUCCCUGGUCCAUCAAAGCCAGUUAGCAUGUCAACCACCGAGCACCCUGCUGUCUACUCAAGGGUGGCAUCACCUGAAAUGAUAACAAAAGAGCCCAGUCCACCAAGAACCCUCACGCAAGCCCCUCCCCAACGAGACCACUCAGCAGGAGCUGACUUACAGGACAUUUCCUCUGAGGAGGUCUUUGAGGCUCGCUUCAAAAAGCGUGAGUCCUCCCUCACAAGAAGUCUCAAAUUUCUGCCCUGGUCAAAGAAUGAAGACAAACCAACUGUUUCAGACUCGACAGAGUCAGGUGAAGAGAUGUACCGCCCUCGGCCAACUGGUGCACCAUUGGAAUUUACUCCUCGGAGACUUGAGGAGAAAUCAAAGUCAGUCCAGGACCUUCGUGAAGCUCAAAAGGACCAAGGUUUUAUGAGGAGGCUUUCUAUGCGCUUGAAGAGAACACCUUCAGCUGAGCGCAAAGAGGAAAAGGCCAAAGAUGACGAUUCGGUUGCUUCAAGGCGCAGGCCUUCUUGGACUCUUGGCCGAAGAGGGUCACAGGACAAGAAGGAGGUGGAAAUGAUGCGAAUGGAUGGUGGCAACGAUAACAUGCCAGAACAAGAUGAUAAGGAGCUUAAGAAACCCACAGAAUCACCUGUCUUGGCAAUGCGUAGGAAGAUUGAAUCGACUGUGGCUGGAAUUUCCACCAGGAUUCGCAGCUACUCAGAGGAAAGGAAAGCAUCAGAAGAGAAGGAACCCAAGAGGACUCCCAUUCUUUCCAUGCUUCGUCGUUCAACAUCAGAGAGUCGUGCUAUGAAGAGCACUAUUCCUCAGAACCAGCUGGGGUCUCAGGCUGGUAAUGGUGCCUCAUCAGAGUCACUGGACUCCAUGUCCAGCCUCAAAUCAGAAACAUCAAAGGGUGUGGAGGUUGAGCGUAGGUCUCGCUGGGAUCGAUGGGGUCUGACUAGAGGGAAGCGGGACAAAACUGUGUCACAGCCUGACAUCCCUACAGCCAUCUCGAGAGAAAAUAGCUCCCUACGUUCACGCCAGUACUCCAGACUUGCUUCUGACUUCCCUCCUGUGUUCCACAUCAAACUGAGGGACCAUGUCCUGCUGGAAGGGGAUCCAGUCACUCUCAGCUGUUUGCCAGCAGGCAGCCCCCAUCCACACAUCACCUGGAUGAAAGAUAAGAAGCCCCUGGAGAUUGAUGCCAGGAUGAACAUGAUCUCGUGCCCUGAUGGCCGGCAGCUACUGAUGAUCAUGCAAACCACCAAGAAGGAUGCAGGGCUCUAUGAAUGCGUGGCUAAAAAUCCCUUGGCUACAGUCUCCAGCUCCUGCACAAUCUCCCUUGCUCGUCUUCCCAAUAGCCCUGGGACCCCUGAGGUUCCUCAGAAAUACAAGAAUACAGCUCUGGUACUAUGGAGGCCCUCCGACACCAUGGCCCCCUGCACAUAUUCUCUGGAGAGGAGAGCAGAGGGUGAGAGUAACUGGCUAAUAGUGGCAACAGGGGUGGCCGACUGUUAUUACAAUGUGGUCGACCUGCCAGCAGGGGGCUCCUUUAGGUUCAGGGUGGCUUGUGUCAACAAAGCAGGCCAAGGACCUUACAGUAAUCUCUCAGAAGUGGUAUGCCUGGAUUCUUCAGAACCAGUGAAAUCCAGUGCUACUGUGGUGGUCAAGACUGUCCCUGCUGCCUCUCCUGCUCCCCCUGUGGUUAUGAUGUCAUCCAUGACUGUGCCCCCCAUUAAGCCCGCUCCUAGUAAACCACCUACAUCAUCAUCAACCCAACCUGCUCCUCCCACCACCUCAGUUUCUCCUCCACCUAUAUCUGUGGCUAAAUCUGUUUCUCCAACACGCACUAUUCAAACAGCUGCUAGCCCUACUGCCGCCCCUCUGCCUGUUAGCACAGCCCCCUCCCACCAAGCUCCCAUCCAGACCACUGCAACAGUCCAAUCCACUCCAGCCAAAGCCAAAACCACCCUUAACAUUAAUGUUGGUAAACCGCAAACUAAGCUCGCACCUCCCCCUGCUGUCCCUCCUAAACCUCAGAGUCCUGUCAGUGUAGUCCCUCCCAUUACCAAAACCCCCCCUUCACCUGUACCACCACCUGCCCCUGUCAUCGGGAAACCUAUUUCAUCUGUGCCGAUGUACAUACCAGCUGCAACAACUCGUGUUACACCUCCUUCCCCAUCCGCCUCCACCCCAGCAACCAGCAUCCCCGCUGCCACUCCUGUUGUCUCCCCACCUGUGGUGCUCGUGUCUAGUCUGACACCAGUGGGGCAAGGAGGUGACAGCCACAGUACCCCAUCUGGACGAAUCACCCCAUCGGGGCGGAUAACCCCUUCUGGACGCAGGACACCCUUGGGGAGACCUGGAGAGGGAUCUCUGCGGCAGGGAGUUCCUCAAAAACCUUACACCUUCAUGGAUGAGAAAGCCAGGGGUCGGUUUGGUGUUAUCCGUGAGUGUCGGGAGAACGCCACGGGCAAUCUGUUCAUGGCUAAGAUUGUACCAUACGAGGCAGACAACAAGCAGGCGGUGCUGCAGGAGUACGACAUCCUCAAGUCACUUCACCAUGAGAAGAUCAUGUCUCUGCACGAAGCCUACGUCACACCACGUUACCUGGUCCUCAUCUCUGAGUGCUGCAGUGGGAAGGAGCUGCUGUACAGCCUCAUAGACAGAUUCCGCUACUCGGAGGAUGACGUGGUGGCCUAUAUUGUUCAGAUUCUCCAGGGCCUGGACUACCUGCACACCCGACGCAUCCUCCACCUGGACAUCAAGCCAGAGAACGUCAUUGUCACCUACAUGAAUGUCAUCAAAAUCAUUGACUUUGGCAGCGCCCAGAGCUUCAACCCUCUCUUCCUCAAGCAGUUCAGCCCUCCUGUUGGUACACUAGAAUACAUGUCUCCAGAAAUGUUGAAAGGAGAUGUGGUGGGCCCUCCAGCUGACAUCUGGAGCAUAGGCGUUUUGGCUUUCAUCAUGUUGAGUGGGAGGUCACCUUUCUUGGAGAAUGAUCCACAGGAGACUGAAGCCAGGAUCCAGGCAGCAAAGUUUGACCUCUCUAAACUCUACCAGAAUGUGUCCCAAAGUGCCUCUCUGUUCCUUAAAAAGAUCCUCUGUAGCUACCCUUGGGCUCGUCCAUCUAUCAAGGACUGCUUCAAUAACUCUUGGCUCCAAGAUGCCUACCUGAUGCGCCUUCGUAGGCAGACUCUCACCUUUACAACAACCCGUCUCAAGGAAUUCCUGGCUGACCAGCAGCACAAGCGAGAGGAGGUGGCCACCAAGCACAAAGUUCUCUUACGGUCCUACCAGAGCUCGCCACAAACCCCCACGAGCCCCACCAUCCCAAAUAUGCCAGUCUCACCCACCACUGUCACCCAGUGAAAACAGGCUCCUAAACACAAGCUGGCAGAAUCGUAAGAGGGGCACAUGCUCACAGCGAGUCAAGACUUUGGGCCAAGAGAUAGGGGUGGUCACUCCUGGUGUGAGUUGUUGGACUUGGUCGGGAGAGGAUACAAACACAAGAAACCAGCAUCGGCCCUGAUCUACAAAGACAUCACCUCUUUGUGUUUUUAGAGAGGCCAUACUGGUUCUCAAAGAAAACCUGAAAGAAUGCCUUCCUUCAAGCCUGAGGGAAAUGUUAGUACCAGAGCGUGGUUGCAUUUCUUUAUAUGGUGGACCUUGUUCAUAUAAGGCAGAAUGUCAUCAAGUUAGUACCUCAAGGUUUGUACCUUUGCAAAAAUUUUGGAUAAAAUAAUUACUUUCUUUCUUACCGUCAUCUCUAAACUGAGAGGACACAUCCUGGCUUAUUGUGGUAACUCACCAUCAAUAGGCCCAACAUGACUGUCAUACAAUUUUAAUGCGUCAUGUGAGAAAAGUGCAUAAGCCAUGCAUGAGACCCCAAAAACAAGAACUGCUGAAGACAACUCUCGGUAAAUUAUAAGACAAAUGAUGCCUUUCCCACAGUGACCCAUCUACAAUCUGGGUCUCAUUAUCAUAUGGCCCCCAUUUUAAGAGUAGCAGCCAAAUGACUAUGAGUAAUGCUAUUGGAAUAUGGAAGUCAAUUGUAUGAUGUCUAAUUCUGUCUUUGAUCAAUGAUU